UGAUAGGGAUCAAAAUUUAAAAAAUAUCACCUCGGAUGGAGUAAAAUAAUAAUAAAAAAACAUAUUUAAGUCAUGAUACAUGGAUUAUAUUCCCACCUGUGUGAAGCAUUGUCUGCACGUACGCUAACAUAGCAACGAAUUAAGCUGUCUUAACAAAUUCCCUACUCCGACUCUUUUGGAUCAUUGAUACUUUCCAACUUGCAACAUUAAUUCCUUGUCCACAAACAUCAUCGAAAUCUCUUUCUUAAUUGAUCUCAACCUUUGCAAUUUCACUCCAACGUACAAACCCUAAUGGCACAAGCUACCAAGUCACGCAACAGCAGGAGGCCAUCAUCAUCUUCCUCUUACACAUCAACCCUAACAACCCUAAUCUUCAUCGCACUAUGCGUUUUGGGCUUAUGGAUGCUAACCUCCAACACCGUAGUCACACCCAAAACACGCACUGCCAUUGAUGAUAAUAUCUCCGAAACCACCAACACCGACCUCACCCAAGACACCACCGCCACAACCACAACAACAAACAACAUCCCCGAUGAUUUUGCUGAAUCCAUCACAACCAUCUCCCAAGACCUGCCACGUGAGACCGCCACAAAUAUACCACAUGAAAUCCACACCAAAAUUCAAGACCAAAAGGACGCUACGGUGUUCGGCGACAACCCCGGAAACCUCCCCGACGAUGCCAUAAAGAAUGAUCUCAAGAAAGAAACUUCCAUUAUUGCGAACGAAGCUACUGGUUCCGACAGCGAUCAGAAAGCGAACGAGAGCGAGAAAGAAUCGCAAAACAACAUCAUCAUAGCUCAAGAUGAAAAAGAAAACCUAAACUCAAAACAAAACACAGAACCUGAGAUUGCAAAUGUGAGUGAGAAUAUUCAAGAAGAGGGCACAGGAGGAGGAGGUAAGAGCAACAACAACGACGAUGACGCGAACGUGCAGCAACUGAGAGAAGACAAAGGUGAGGCAGUGGCGGAGAGAGAGCAAAAGGAAAAAGAGGAGAAUGAGAAGAGGAAGAAGAACAAUAGAAAGAAAUCAAACAAGGGUUUGAAGAAGGAGGGGUCAUCAACAGAAUCGAAUGAUGAUGAGUCGACACAGCGGGGUGAGAAAAAGGGAUCAUCAACAGAAUCGAAUGAUGAUGAGUCGACACAGCGGGGUGAGAAAAAGGGAUCAUCAACAGAAUCGAAUGAUGAUGAGUCGACACAGCGGGGUGAGAAAAAGGGAUCAUCAACAGAAUCGAAUGAUGAUGAGUCGACACAGCAGGGUGAGAAAAAGGGAUCAUCAUCACAGAAUGAUGAGGAAUCAUCAUCAUCAGAAGUGGUGCAAUUGCAGGAUAAUUUGAAGUGGAGUUUGUGCAAUGUCACGGCUGGUAUGGAUUACAUACCGUGUUUGGAUAAUGACAAGUAUUUGAAAACUUCGCGCAGAAAGCACUACGAGCAUAGAGAGAGGCACUGCCCCGAGGAUGCUCCUACGUGCCUGGUGCCACUUCCCAAAGGUUACAAAACACCAAUACAGUGGCCCAGCAGCAGAGAUAAGAUAUGGUACCACAACAUACCACACACUUUGCUAGCAGACGUGAAGGGACACCAGAACUGGGUGAAGUUAACGGGUGAAUUCUUGACAUUCCCGGGAGGUGGCACCCAGUUCAUUCAUGGCGCUCUCCACUACAUUGAUUUUCUUCAACAGGCUGAACCAGGUAUUGCAUGGGGAAAGCACACUAGGGUGAUUUUGGAUGUUGGGUGUGGGGUAGGUAGUUUAGGAGGUUACCUAUUUGAAAGAGAUGUUAUUGCUAUGUCUUUUGCACCCAAAGAUGAGCAUGAAGCACAAGUGCAAUUUGCCCUAGAGAGAGGGAUACCAGCCAUAUCUGCUGUCAUGGGUACUCAAAGGUUGCAAUUCCCCAGCGAGGUCUUUGAUCUUAUUCAUUGUGCUCGCUGUCGUGUACCUUGGCAUGAAGAUGGUGGCUUGUUGCUUUUGGAAUUGAAUCGCCUCCUUAGACCAGGGGGUUAUUUUGUGUGGUGUGCUACACCUGUGUACCAGACAAUUGAAGAAGAUGCUGAGAUAUGGAAGCAAAUGAAGGCAUUAACCAAGUCCAUGUGUUGGGAACUCGUGACCAUAAAAAAGGAUGCAUUGAAUCAAGUUGGUGCUGCCUUCUACCGCAAACCCACUUCCAACGAAUGCUACGAGCAAAGGGAGCAAAACCAACCUCCAAUGUGCAAAACUGAUGAUGAUCCAAAUGCAGCAUGGUAUGUUCCUCUACAGGCGUGCAUGCACAAGUUGCCGACUGACAAGGACGAGAGAGGAACUAGAUGGCCUGAACCUUGGCCUCGUAGACUGGAAAAAGCCCCAUAUUGGUUAAACAACUUGCAGGGUGGAAAACAAGCUUCUCAUGAUUUUGCAACAGACAAUGAACGUUGGAAAAACGUUGUAGAUGAGUUGAGUAACGUUGGGGUUUCUUGGUCUAACGUUAGAAAUAUCAUGGACAUGCGAGCUACUUAUGGAGGAUUUGCAGCAGCUCUGAAGGAUCUUCCUGUUUGGGUAUUCAAUGUGGUGAACACAGAUGCUCCUGACACACUUGCUGUCAUAUAUGAACGGGGUCUCAUUGGAAUAUACCAUGAUUGGUGUGAAUCCUUUAGUACCUAUCCACGAACUUAUGAUCUACUACAUGCUGAUCAUCUUUUCUCAAUUCUAAAGAAUAGGUGCAAUCUUGUUCCUGUUGUAACAGAGAUUGAUAGAAUAGUAAGACCAGGAGGUAAUUUGAUAGUCCGUGAUGAAUCUAGUGUCAUUGGAGAGGUGGAGGCUUUGUUGAAAUCUCUGCAUUGGGAAAUAACCUCCACAAAUCUAGAGGGAUUGCUCUGUGGCAAGAAAGGGAUGUGGCGACCUAGCUCUUGAAGUAAAUUUGUCUUGAUCAAGGAGACAACAUUGGUGAUGCAAUUUAAGAUUAUGUUUUCAAACAAUCUAUAUGCACUAGCAGUGGCACAAGGUUUGGUUUCUCAUCGGCUUUCUAUGGCACAAUGAAAAGGCGUGACACAAUUUUUUACUGAUGCAUAACAUUCAAAUACUACCCCAAAAAAGACAUGUUGUAAUGCACGCACCAACAAAAUGAGAUUUGCAGUUGUCAACAUAAAGUGUCACUAUCUUGUUAUUAUGUUCAAUGCUUGAAUUCAGAAGAACCAGUUUUCUACUUCAAUUGAUUAUUUAACAGGACAUUAUUUGUUAGUCUUGUACUUGAAAGAAGUUUCAGCUUAAUAGAAUUGAUUUUUAGACAA